CUGAACAAGGAAGAGCUAUCAAGAGACUCCUGAGCUGGGAUAUUGUCCACCAUAAGCUGCCCUGGAGUGUGGUUCUCCUGUUGGGAGGAGGUUUUGCGCUGGCUAAGGGCUGUGAGGUUUCUGGUCUUUCCAGAUGGCUGGGGAAUCAGUUACUCCCCCUGAAGACCAUUCCCCAAUGGGCCAUCGUGAUUAUCUUGUGUACGGUAGUUGCUACCUUCACAGAAUGCACAAGCAACGUAGCUACAGCCACGCUCUUCCUCCCUAUCCUGGCUUCAAUGGCUACUACGAUCCGUAUGAAUCCUCUAUACGUGAUGGUUCCGACCACUUUAAGCAUUUCUUUUGCCUUCAUGUUGCCUGUUGCUACUCCCCCCAAUGCCAUCGUGUUCUCCUAUGGCCACCUCAAGGUGUUGGAUAUGGUCAAGGCUGGAUUCAUGCUAAACAUCAUCGGAGUGGCCAGUGUUACUGUGGCCAUCAACACCUGGGGACGAGCCAUGUUUGAUCUCGAUACCUACCCUGACUGGGCUAAUGUCACCCACAGCGAGUGAGACUGGGAGCAUGUAUAUUCCAUCAUGUGGGAAUGGGGAGGGGGAUUGAAGCGGGAAUGGGAAGGGCUGAGGAUUGGAAGCUGUGAAUUACACGCACUGAAUUCGAGAGGAAUGUGACUGGACUAAGUGUGAUUUCUUUACUGAAUGGAAAUAUAAGUCUGUUGAUUGAAAGACUGAAUUAUCUCCAAUAGCUGGAGCCUGUAGUUGGGUUCUUCAUUUUCAAAUUCCUCUAUAGCCUUGCUCCUCCCUCCCUCUGUAACCUUGUCUAACCCCAUAAACCCUCCAAGAUCUCUACACCCUACACUUAUUGGCCUCUCGUUCAUCACUGAUUUUACUGACUCCAUUCUCUGUGGCCAUGCCAUCGACUGCCUGGGCUCUAAGCUUAGAAAUAAUCCUCCCUCAGCCUCUCUGCCUUUCUGUCUCAUUCCACUACACCCACCCCACCCCCAGCCCACUGCAAACGUGUCUCUACGACCAAUCUA